AUGAAGAAACAAGCCGCCGUUGUUGCAAAGCAGCUUAGAAACCAUGUAGGUGAAUUCAAACCAAAAGUGAUUUUUGCUUAUUCACAAAAAGGCAAAGAGUUAAUCUUCAAUCAGUCGUUGUUACAUCCUUAUAAGCUAAACCCUCUUCUCGAAAUUGGUGAUAGAACACCACUUGAUUAUCCUUCAUUGAGGGUGGGAUGCCAGAAAUUCACACCCAAGGUGUUUUCAGAUAGGGAGUCCAGAAUAUCCAAUAUGCUGAAAACUAUACUAGAAUAUGAGAGGAAUAAUCCAGUUAAAGAAGAACUUGAGAUUUAUUGCCAUAAUGGACUUUUCAGUGACAUCAUUUUACGGACAAAGGAUAAGUACGAUGUUAUCCUGUACAAAAACAAGUUUAUCUUUGCAGGCACAGAGACUAGGCGGGGACAGAACAAGUUGAUAAAUUAUAUAGGGUUGAAAUUUGAGGCAAUGUUAACGGGUCAGGAAUCGCCAAAAGAUACAUCACAUUGUAAACUACUCCUAGAGGGAAACGUGGGAAAAUUUCCCUAUAAGUCGGUGGUUGAAGUGGACUCCUACAAAAUGUCUGGCUCCGAGAAAAAGUAUGCAGAAAUGAAGUUGGUUUUUUGCCCAAAGACAACAGAGGAAGAAUUGUCUGUUACAAGGACCAAUUUUGAGCUGUUGUCUUAUCUCAGAAAGAAAGUAUUUAAUUUUGACCAAAAGAUGAAAAAAUGGUUAUUCCAAUGCCACUUUGGAUUACAGGAAAAGUUAAUCAUCGGGAUAAGAAAUGAAGAUUUCGAGCUUAUGGGGAUGAGGGAAUUUGAUCUCCAACACGAUAUUGUACCAUAUGUUAGAGAAGACAUGAGGGGCACGUAUGAGCAGUACCUGGAAUCAAUAGACACACUAGAAGAGAGGCUUGCAUACAUUUAUAGACAGAUUACAUUCACGCAAAGUGAGGAAACUCAGGUUUAUCGUUUUAGUUGUACGAAUUUCAGAGUGAAGCCACAUGGGAGACAGUUCAACAGAGUUCUUAUACCCCAAUACACAAAGAGUCACCCAGCUAAAUAG